AACUGUCAGUUCGUCCGUCACUGUUUUAUUAUAAUAAUAAACGUAUAAUAAUUAGUUUAUUGUUCUUAAUGUAUUGAAUAUUGAUUGAAAAUUUAAAGAAGCAUUUUUAGAAUGCACAUUCAGUAUUGUAAUUUGCAUAAACUAUAUUAAUUUUAAUGUGUUCCAAUUUGGUCAGUGUAGCUCAUAAUCGCGCUCAGAACGAAAGGACAUUUCCACCAUUACCAUUAUGAAAUAGCACGUAGCUGUUUAUACCGUACUAAUUUUACGUCAGGCAGUUAGAGAAUUAUUGCUGACAAGAUAAUAUAAUGCACGAAUUUGAAGAAGGAACAUUAGAAAGAUCAUCAUGUUGCUGAGUUAGAUAAAAUGAGGUUUUCCGCUUUACAAGAGGACGGAUACGGGCUUGGCUUGGGACAAGACCGAUUCCCUAAUGAUGUUGACGAAAGUAUGAUGGCUGCCACUGGUGAUAUGGAUCCAGAUGGUGGUGGACCACCAGAAAAGGGUUCUAUGACAUCGAAUCUCCCCCUUUUAUUCGCAAAUGGAUAUCCAACAUCAUUAGAAAAAAUCACCCUGUUGGAACUAGAGCGAUUUAUUACAUUUAUGGUGCAAUGUUCUUUGGGGCAUGAUACCGCUGAAGUAAUCCGUCAACCUCAGUGGUGGCCUAAAGAAGUAAAAUUUUCAAAUCCUUUUGUCAGACCUAAGACAGUUAACGAUAACUGGAUUGGGAGUUUAAAGAAACUCGUAUUUAGGUGCUAUACGUAUCACAGAAGCGAAUAUUUAUUACGCUUCUGUUCGUAUUUGACACAGUAUCCACGAGAAAACCUUGAAUAUGUUAACAACUGGGAUUCAACAACCAGUCUCUACCUGAAGAGUACCCGAAGACUUUUGGUGACAUUCCGCAAUGAGAAUAUGAACUAUGAUAAGAAAAUUGAAAGUCCUCGAAAAAUGUUGUUACCCUUUAAUGGAGUCACAUCUGCUUUUCCCAGUAAAACGAAAGCACAACAUCAACUUUCGUUAGUUGUGGUGCAACCACCAAACGAUGAUAUAUAUUUAUGUGAUAAUUGUGACGCGGAACUGAUAGGUUUCGAUCAAAUGAAGGAACACGAAAGGAUAUGCUGUGAUCAAGAACAGAGUGGCAGUAAUUCAAGGCCUUCGACACCGGAUAUCUUGUGCAUUCAGCCGGAAAUGGAGCAAAAUCAAUUUUUAGCAUAUUUUCAUUUACUUCCACCCCAAUCAACAAAUAUAUGUUCAAAUUCGUCGAAAGAAAUUUUUAUUAAUCAGAAUAACCCAAUCCGAUCAUCGCGUCGAAUUCGAGGAGCGGUAAACAUGACAAGGUGUCCAACAAUUCCUUUUUCCUCACCAGCUGGUAUCGCUAUGGCUAAAAAGUCAAAAAUGAUGACCGAAGGAAUACAACAAGAGCGACUAGAAAGGAUAGAAAGACAUCUGACAGCACCUCCACUACUUUCUUGUUCAUCUCGUCCGAAAUGGCUGGACAGAAUGAUAGAUGGAGAUAGAUGGAAUAUCACAUACAAAACUCAUCGUGAGAAACUGGGAAAGGACGUUUAUUCUCAUGAAUAUAAAUUCAACAAUUUUAAAAACAAACCUGUGCUCAAUAUACGGUCCCAGUUGUUGUACGUAGCCUGUCAACCCAUUUACGUAAGUAUGACCUCACUAAAUCAGGAACAAAUACAGGAACUGCAGCAUGAUCCAUCUAAAUAUAAAAGUCCCGUUCGUCAAGUGCCACGACCAAGAUUACGUAGUUUGAAAAGGCAGCAGGCGGCAAUUAAUUCCAACCAAGGCCAAUUUACAUUUGGACAUCCAAUGGACCAUGGGGAAGAAGUUAUAGUCAUUGACGAUGAAGAAAUAGUGCCAGAGGAAAUGGCUAUGGCUACUUUGACUCCAAUUGGAAGAGUUUCUGGAAUCGUCCACAGUCGAUCAAACAAUUAUUCCGUACGACCUGCGAGUAUUACUGUCAAAAGACACCGAACUAAAGUAAAGCAUUCAAAAUCCACUAGUGCGAUCAUGGUUGUUGAUCUUUGUUCUUCCGAUGAAGAAGAAAGUUCGAGUAAACGCAUAUCCACUGAUGAAAAUAAAGAUCCCAUGGACUAUUCAGAGCCAGAAACCAGUUUUUCACGGUCAUUUUCAACUGGCAAAUUUUGUCCCAAACCUUGCAUUUAUCCUGUAGACUCGACAAAUAAUAGAUAUGCAGUUAACAAUUUGUCUGCGGAUAGUGACAAUCGUGGUAAUAAGUGUCUCGGUGAUGUAUUAAAGCAUUCUUGUACUGGAUUCACACCUAUUCUUAGACAGACACCUUGAACGUCAAUGACUGAUCUAAUGUGUUACAAACUUUUCUUUCUAUUUAUUACAUGCACAACAUUGUAAUGAAUAAUUAAAUAAUUUCGAGCUAAUGUUAUUAAAAGGUGUUUCACUUUUGAACAUAUACUAUAAUGCGAAAGAUCAUGGUCUAAACUGUAGCUAAAUAUAAGAUACGAAUAUUAUAAAAUCAUUAAAGAAAUAAUGCCUUUCAUUUUUAGUACAAUUCACAUUUUACAGGUUAAACAAUUAAUUUAAAUGCCAUAAUCUAUAAUAAUUUUUAAUCUUUAUUUUUUUAUUCUCAUAUACCAAUCAUCAUCAUCAUCAUCAUCAUUAUUAUUAUUAUCAUUCCUGUCAACAUGGAUGAAAUUAUAAGAAACCACCCCAAGUACAGCAUUAGAAGGAUGUUAAGAACAUUUGUCACAUUUAAAAAUAAUAGAUGAGCAUAACUACAAUGAACUUUAAUGUAAGUACUAACUGCUUAUAGUUCAUAAAACCAUUUCAUUUUAUGUCCCUCAAAUUAUUAAUUGUUGUCUACAAUAUCUUUCUUUUCUGUUUAUACUUAUUUCAAUUACAUUUAAAAACAAUAUCAAUUUCGACAUUGUCAGAAUGUCUACUACACUAAUAAAGUAAAGAAAAAUUUCAUUAUAGAAUUUGAGGGCCAGAAACAAAAGAUUUGAACAAACAUAAGCAAUUGUAGCAGCAAUAUUAAUCAACAACUCUGUGACUUUGGUUCUUAAAGAACCAAUUGAAAACACAAGUUAAAAUACUUUGAUAAUAUUUAUAAAAAAUUUUGUUAAUCUACUUUUAAAUAUGUUUACAAUGUCAAAAAAUAAAAUUUUUAUUUCGCAACAUUGAAUGUUAGGUAUUAAUUAUUGAUAAUGAGAUUUUUGUAAGUUAUUCCCAAAUAGAAUAAAUAAUCAUUAUAGUUUGA